GAUGCAUCGGGCAGGGAGUGUGGUGGCUUGGCUGGGCUCUCGCCUGUGGGCAGCCCCCUUGACCUUGAGUCGAUCAUUCAGUUGCACUCAGGACUCGCUCCGCAGGACACCGCUCUACGACUUGCACAUGGGCCAUGGUGGGAAGAUGGUGGCGUUUGCGGGCUGGAGCCUGCCCCUGCAGUACCAGGACAGCCACAUUAACUCCCAUCUGCACACACGCCAUCACUGCUCGCUCUUUGAUGUGUCCCACAUGCUGCAGACCAAGAUAUUUGGCCGUGACCGUGUGAAGCUGAUGGAGAGUCUAGUGGUCGGAGAUAUUGCUGAACUACGGCCAAACCAAGGAACACUGUCACUGUUCACCAAUGAGGCUGGAGGCAUUCUAGACGACUUGAUCGUGACCAACACCUCUGAGGAACACCUGUAUGUGGUGUCCAAUGCUGGCUGCAGGGACAAGGACUUGGCACUCAUGAAGAACAAGGUCAGGGAGCUUCAGAACAUAGGCCAUGAUGUGGGCUUGGAGGUGGUGGAGAAUGCCCUCCUGGCUCUGCAAGGUCCCACUUCAGCCCAGGUGCUGCAGGCUGGCGUGACAGAUGACCUGAAGAAGUUGCCCUUCAUGACCAGCGCUGUGAUGGAAGUGUUUGGCGUGUCUGGCUGUCGUGUGACCCGCUGUGGCUACACAGGCGAAGAUGGUGUAGAGAUCUCAGUGCCAGCAUCAAGGGCAGUUCACCUGGCAAUGACUCUGCUGGAAAACCCAGAGGUGAAGCUGGCUGGACUGGCAGCAAGGGACAGCCUACGCCUGGAGGCAGGACUCUGCCUUUAUGGGAAUGACAUUGAUGAACAUACCACACCAGUGGAGGGCAGCCUCAGUUGGACAUUGGGGAAGCGUCGCCGAGCUGCCAUGGAUUUUCCCGGAGCUGAAGUCAUUGUUCCUCAGCUUAAGGGCAAGGUGCCGCGGAGGCGUGUGGGGCUGAUGUGUGAGGGGGCACCUGUGAGGGCACACAGCCCCAUCCUGAGCAUGGAGGGUACUGUAAUUGGUACGGUAACCAGUGGCUGUCCCUCACCCAGCCUGAAGAAGAACGUGGCGAUGGGUUAUGUGUCCUCCCAGUACAGCCGGCCAGGAACUGAAGUGCUGGUAGAAGUGCGUCGGAAGCAGCAGGCGGCUGUGGUCAGCAAGAUGCCCUUCGUGCCUACAAACUACUAUACCCUUAAGUGA